GAUUAGCUGCUAGGUGUAGCGGUGAGCUGCGUGCCAGUGUGCCUGCAGUGCAGUGCGCGCGGGACGGGGUAGUAUUGGGGCGGGGGGAGGAGGAGUAGGUUGGUCGUUGGUCCGGACAGUCUCGAUUUUAAUGCGAAAUCCCAGUAUUCCACAUCAAGAAACGAAGAAGUGACAGCGAGCGCGGGGGGCAAAGCAGCAAGCUGCAAGCGGACACCACCAGCACCACUCGUCGUCCAGUUUCCUGCGCCGCCGCAGAAGCUUGCUUGUUAGCUCGACCAAGAUGAGACGACUCGCUCGAUCGGAGCUUCGGAAGUAAGCUGGUACUAGUAAGAAGAUAAUCAAGCUAAUAAGGGAGAUGCCGAGCGCGGCGCUGCUGCUUCUGCCCCUGCUGGUGGCGGCGGUGGCCGCGGCCGGCGGAGGCAACAACGGGGGCUGCGAGCGGAGCUGCGGGGGCACGACGAAGCUGCCGUACCCGUUCGGCUUCUCCAGUGGCUGCACGAUACCUCUCGGCUGCGACCACGACACGGGCGUCGCGUGGCUCGGCCGUGCCGCGGGCGCGCGCGAGCUGGGCCUGCUCGUGCGCAACGUCACGCGCCGCGCGCUCAUCCUCGAGCUGCUCCCCGACUGCUCCCGCGCGCUCAACGCGUCCGUCCAGGAGCUCUUCUCGGACAACUACGCGCCGCCCUCCCGGAACGCCCUCGUCGUCAGCUCCUGCAGCGCUAGCGCUGCCAGUGCCCAAAACAACGCCAGCAGCUGCACCGCCCCGCCUGACAGAUACAUCGACAGGAACUCGUCCCACUGCGGCGCCAACACGUCCUUCAAAUGCAUCCUGCCACCAGCUCCCAGCAAUACCGGCGGCAGAGGGCAACGUUUCCUGAGUAAACGAGAUAUACUUGCCUCGGAGUGCACGGCGCUGGUGUCGUCGGCGAGCUACUGGGAUACCCUGGGCCCGGCGCUGCUGCUGGGCAAGCUGGAGCUGGAUUGGUGGGUUAAGGGGCAGUACUGCCGCUGCCACUCCAGCGCCAACUGCACUCUGCUCACCGCGCCAACCACGGGGAAAGAGGCGUUCCGGUGCGAAUGCCGGGAUGGGUUCGAGGGCGACGGCUUCCUCGACGGCGCCGGCUGCAAGAAAGUGUCCAAGUGCGAUUCUUCAAAAUACCUAUCAGGCGUUUGGGGCAAGCCGGUCCAAAUUGGCCUUCUAUUGGCAGGAGUAAUAUUUGGAGCCAUGGUGAUGGGCGUCACCUGCGUGGCGUGCCACCUGCUGAAGCGCCGUUCCGCGUCCAUCCGGUCGCAGCAGAGCACGAAGCGCCUCCUGUCGGAGGCCUCCUGCACGGUGCCCUUCUUCUCGUACCGCGAGAUCGAGCGCGCCACGGGCGGCUUCUCCGAGGACCACCGGCUGGGCACGGGCGCCUACGGCACGGUGUACGCGGGGCGGCUGAGCGACAACCGCCUGGUGGCCGUGAAGCGGAUCAAGCAGCGCGGGGAUGACAACGCCGCGGGUCUGGACUGCGUGAUGAACGAAGUGAAGCUGGUGUCUUCCGUGAGCCACCGCAGCCUUGUCCGCCUCCUGGGCUGCUGCAUCGAUCAGGGCCAGCAGAUCCUGGUGUACGAGUUCAUGCCCAACGGCACCCUGGCGCAGCACCUGCAGCGUGAGCGCGGCCCCGGCGCCGUGCCCUGGACGGUCCGCCUCCGCGUGGCCGCCGAGACCGCCAGGGCCAUCGCGUACCUGCACUCGGAGGUGCACCCGCCCAUCUACCACCGCGACAUCAAGUCCAGCAACAUCCUGCUCGACCACGAGUACAACUCCAAGGUGGCCGACUUCGGGCUGUCCCGGAAGGGCAUGGCGGCAGCGGACGCCGACGCUGCGUCGCACAUCUCCACGGCGCCGCAGGGCACCCCGGGUUACGUCGACCCGCAGUACCACCAGAACUUCCACUUAUCCGACAAGAGCGACGUGUACAGCUUCGGCGUCGUGCUGGCUGAGAUCAUCACGGCCAUGAAGGCCGUCGACUUCAGCCGGGCGCCCGGCGAGGCCGUCAACCUGGCGCAGCUCGCCGUGGAGAAGAUCGGCAGGGGCUGCGUCGACGACAUCGUCGACCCUUACCUGGACCCGCACAGGGACGCCUGGACGCUCACGUCCAUCCACAAGGUGGCCGAGCUGGCGUUCCGGUGCCUGGCGUUCCAGAGCGAGAUCAGGCCGUCCAUGGCCGAGGUCGCCGACGAGCUGGAGCAGAUACAGGUCAGCGGCUGGGCGCCGUCGGCGGACGACGCCGCGUUCAUGUCCACGACGUCGUCGCUCUGCUCGUCGCGCUGCACGGACAAGUCGUCGUUGGGGCCCGGCAAAAGCAGGAGGGACGCACAGGCGCUGGCAGUGGCGUCCCCGGUGAAUGCAGCAGCAGUUGCGCAAGGAACGGAGAAGGGUCAUCCGGUGGAUUCCCCUGUGUCAGUGCAGGAGAGGUGGUUCAGCGACAGAAGCUCCCCUUCCUCCAAUAGCUUGCUGGGGAACACUAGCUCCCUGCACUGAACUUGACUGAAAACACGCCGGCUGCCAUUACAUUAAUUGCUGCUCCUGUACUGUCGUUCAUCUAUCCUAAUAGUAGCUAGUUUAGUCAUAGUUAAAGAUGAUUUCUUGGUCUCGUUUUUCUUGCUCUGUUCUUCUUCUUCUUAUUGUUCCCUUCAUUGGUUCGAUCGUUCAGAGACGAUAUGUAAAUGGAAUUUUGUCGAUCCAGUUCCCCUGCUGACGGAGACGACACUACAGCAUGACAAGGAGCUGUAUCUAGAAUUCA